GAGUCCGCCGGAACCGAGUUGCGGCGCUACACGUUCCCGCACGGAAGAGGCCUCCAGGCGCCUGAGAGGACCGGCAACAUGGAGCGGAUGGGGAGUAAGGCAGCUGUUGUGCUGUGUAUGGACGUGGGCUUUACUAUGAAUAACUCCUUUCCUGGUAAAGAGACCCCAUUUGAACAAGCAAAGAAGGUGAUGACCAUGUUUAUCCAGCGACAGGUGUUUUCUGAGAGCAAGGAUGAGAUUGCCUUAGUCCUGUUUGGUACAGAUGGCACUGAGAAUAGCCUUGCUAGAGGGGACCAGUAUCAAAACAUCACAGUGCACAGACACCUGAUGCUACCAGAUUUUGACUUGCUGGAGGACAUUGAAAACAAAAUCCAACCAGGUUCUCAACAAGCUGACUUUCUGGAUGCCCUCAUCGUGUGCAUGGAUGUGAUUCAGCGUGAAACUGUAGGAAAGAAGUUUGAGAAGAGGCAUAUUGAAGUGUUCACUGACCUGAGCAGUCCGUUCAGCAAAGACCAAGUGGAUAUUAUAAUUCAAAACCUGAAGAAAUCUGGCAUUUCUCUGCAAUUCUUUUUGCCUUUCUCCAUCGGCAAGAAAGAUGGAACUGGAGACAGAGGAGAUGGCAACUUCAGCUUGGACCACUCUGAACCGUCCUUUCCUCUAAAAGGAUUUACUAAGCAGCAAAAAGAAGGUAUUCAGAUGGUAGAAAAGAUGAUGAUGUCUUUAGAAGGUGAAGAUGGACUGGAAGAAAUUUAUUCCUUCAGUGAGAGCCUGCGACAACUGAAUGCCUUUAAGAAAAUUGAGAGGCGUUCCAUGCCCUGGCCCUGCCAACUGACCAUUGGCUCCAAUUUGUCUAUAAGGAUUGUGGCUUAUAAAUCGAUUAUACAGACAAAAGUUAGAAAGACUUGGAUAAUUGUGGAUGCAAGAACCCUUAAGAAAGAAGAUGUACGAAGAGAAACAGUUUAUUGCUUAAAUGAUGAUGAUGAAACAGAAGUUUCCAAAGAGGAUACUAUUCAAGGGUUCCGCUAUGGAAGUGAUAUAGUUCCUUUCUCUAAAGUGGAUGAGGAACAAAUGAAAUAUAAAUCAGAUGGAAAGUGCUUCUCUGUUUUGGGAUUUUGUAAAUCUUCUCAGGUCGAGAGGAGAUUGUUUAUGGGAAAUCAAGUUUUAAAGGUUUUUGCAGCAAAAGGUGAUGAGGCAGCAGCAGUUGCACUCUCCUCCUUGAUUCAUGCUUUGGAUGAAUUAGACAUGGUUGCCAUAAUUCGAUAUGCUUAUGGCAAAAAAACUAACCCUCAAGUUGGUGUGGCUUUUCCUCUCAUCAAAGAAGCUUAUGAGUGUUUAGUGUAUGUGCAGCUGCCUUUCAUGGAAGACUUGCGGCAGUACAUGUUUUCAUCACUGAAAAAUAAUAAGAAAUUCACUCCCUCGGAGGCACAAUUGAGUGCCAUUGAUGAGCUAAUUGACUCCAUGAGCUUGAUUAAGAAAGAUGAAGAAGAAGACACUAUUGAAGAUUUGUUUCAAACCACCAAAAUCCCAAAUCCUGAAUUUCAGAGGUUAUUCCAGUGUCUGCUGCACAGAGCUUUACAUCCCCAGGAGCCUCUGCCCCCAAUUCAGCAGCAUCUUUUGAAUAUGCUGGACCCUCCCACUGAAGUGAGAGCAAAAUGUCAGAGUUCUUUUUCUAAAAUAAAGACUCUUUUCCCUCUCACUGAAGCCAUCAAGAAAAAGGAUCAAAUAACUGCCCAGGAUAUUUUCCAAGACAAUCAUGAAGAAGAGCCAUCUGCUAAAAAAUCUAAAACUGAGGAAGGGGAAGCCAACUUUAGUGUUUCUAGCCUGGCCGAAGGCACUGUCACUAAGGUUGGAAGUGUAAAUCCUGCUGGAAACUUUCGUGCUCUAGUGAGACAGAAGAAUGUCAGCUUUGAGGAAGUAAGUCACCAGCUAAUAAAUCACAUUGAACAAUUUUUGGAGACAAAUGAAACACCAUAUUUUAUGAAGAGCAUGGAUUGCAUCAAAGCUUUCCGAGAAGAAGCUAUUCAGUUUUCAGAAGAGCAGCGCUUCAACACUUUCCUGAAAGCCCUUCGAGAAAAAGUGGAAGUUAAAAAAUUAAGUCAUUUCUGGGAAAUUGUGGUUCAGGAUGGAAUUACACUGAUCUCCAAAGAUGAAGCCUCUGGAAGCUCCAUCACAGCUGAAGAAGCCAAACAGUUUCUGGCCCCCAAAGAAAAGCCAAAUGAAGAUGUGGCAGCUGCAUUUGAAGAAGGUGGUGAUGUGGAUGAUUUACUGGACAUGAUAUAGGCCAUGGGCUUGUGGAAACCCAGGGCUGCCAUCUCUUUGGUCCUGGGAGCUCUACUAGAACAACCUGGAAGAGGCCACUCAAAGGGACCAGAAGCUCUGAAGAUCAUGUUAGCAGGUUACUCUGAACUGAAUCAGAGUCUGGCUCUGUGGAGUGAACACAUACACAUAUAUUAUAAGGGAUAAUUUAGACCCCAUACAUGUUUAUAAAGUUAGUCAUUAUUUUCUGACUGGCACAUUA